AUGCAUCUGGACGGCAUCGAGAAGCGGCUUGAGACAUCGGUGUCGGACUGUGAUCCCAGUAUUAGGACUGAAAUGAUUGACCAAAACGCACUCGAGCGAAACAAGCAACUCGUGAAGGAUUUUUACCGGCGGGUAUUCGAUGGACAGAAUGCCAGUGCAGUCAAGGAUUUCGUGACCGAGGGCUAUAUCCAGCACGGUGCCCAUGUGCCGCCGGGUCGCGCUGGGCUGGAAGGCUUCGUACGUAUGAUCUUCCCCGAUGGUCCCGUACCGGAACCUAAGGAGAUGCGCAACCCUCCCACCCUCAUGAUUGCGGAAGGUGAUAUGGUGGUCGUCUCAGCCUAUUUUCCUCAACCCGACGCCGAGCACCCGGGUGAGACCUACGACUACUACGUUUUUGACGCCUUUCGUAUCGAAGAUGGAAAGCUUGCAGAGCACUGGAGCAGUAUCAACAAGGUCGCCCCUCCAAUUGUGCACGAUUCUGUGCCAGAAAGCUCGGGGAAGAGUACCGCGAUGUCCCGAUAUAAGAAUAUUGCGAUUGUCGGUGCCGGGAUCGGGGGUCUCGCCGCAGCCGUACGGCUGCGGCGAGAAGGAUUCGAUGUAGAUGUUUAUGAACAGGCAUCGGAACUGCGCGAACUAGGGGCCGCUGUCGGCCUGCGUCCGCGAACCGUGAAGAUCCUUGAGAGCUGGGGUCUGAAGGAUCGUUAUCUUCCUUGCACCAGCCGGGUCGGUAACAUCUUCUCGCUUGACGGCCGCACUGGCGCGCCAAUCGGCGAAAUCGUCAUCCCCAGCGAGACUGACGAUCCGGAUGAGAACUGGUCCGACAUUAUCCACCGUGCCGACCUGCACAGCCUGCUGAGCUCCGAAAUCCCGCACGAGCGCAUCCACCUAUCGCAUAAGUGCAUCCGCGUCACUGACCUGGGUGACCACGUCGAACUCGCCUUUUCUGACGGGACAACUACGACCGCUGCGGCGGUUGUGGGUGCCGAUGGUAUCCAUUCGCGGAUCCGCCCAGUUAUUAUGCAAACCGAAGCUGUGUUCUCCGGUCUGCAAGGACAUCGCGGUACAUUGCCCUUCGAGAAAGUCAAGGACAUGCUGCCCGAGAAUCUGCCUUGUAACUGGUUGCUGAUGAACCCCGACGGUGUUCUGUCGCUAUUCAUCGUCCUGCCCUAUGCCGGCGGCGAACACAUUGCGUUCGAUGCUGUCCUGCCCGCCCAGGAGGCGGUCUCUGAAUCGUGGCGCAACACGACCACCCGGGAUGAACUCAUCAGGCGCCUAGCUGGGUUCGAGCCGCGCGUGCAGGAGAUCGUGCGCCGCUUUGACCAGGAUGGGGUACUUGCCUUCAGCAUGUACGACCGUGAUCCGAUCCCUGUGUGGACCAAGAAUCGGAUCACGCUCCUGGGUGACGCCGCACAUCCGAUGUUGCCCACCGAAGGGCAGGGUGCGAACAUGGCGAUCCAAGAUGCACAGAUUCUUGGUGACUGCUUGAGCGGUGCCACAACCGAUCAAUUCCCAGUCGCUUUGCAGGACUAUGCCGAGUUGCGCAUCCCGAUCACACGCGAGAUCCAGCAGAAGUCUCGCGAUAAACGUCCCUUCGACUUCGAGAUGCCACCGCACCUGACGAUGUAA